UGUACGAUUUAGUAGUGGAAAGAAGUUCAAAAGUACAACCAAAGCCACAGGGAAACGUGUCAAACCGGCUGCAGCGAAGCAAAACUAAAAUUAAUAUUUCAACAAAUUCAUUAAGGAGGCUAUAAAUCUUCAAAAUGGAGGCUAUCAAGAAAGGAGCUUUGUUUUUAAUGAGUGAAAAAUGUUUUGACAAUUAUUUCCUAGAGCAAAAUUAUUUUGAUGUUCCUUGCUUUAAGGCUUUGCUAAGUAAAGGCCUAGGUUUGGCCAUUAUUGCCGGUUCUUUGUUGGUUAAAGUACCUCAGGUUUUGAAGAUCCUUAAGAACAAAUCUGGUGAAGGCAUUAAUCUAAUUUCCGUGUUAUUAGAUUUGACCGCCAUUACCUUUCACAUGGCCUACAGCUACGUAAACGGUUUCCCUUUCAGUUCCUGGGGUGAUAAUACAUUUUUGGCCUUUCAAACAAUGGCCAUUGCAGCUCUAGUCAUGUUCUUUAGCGGUGCCAAAGCCAAAGCUUUAGCUUUCAUUCUCUUUUACGCAACGUGUGUGUAUGUUUUAUGUUCCGGCUUGACUCCUUUCAAUGUACUGGUUACCGUACAAAGUUGUACUAUACCCAUUCUGUUGGUGGGUAAAUUAUCUCAAGCCUGGACUAACUACAAAAAUGGAUCCACUGGCCAGCUAUCAGCAGCCACUGUAUUCUUGCUCUUUGCCGGUUCUUUGGCUCGCAUUUUCACUUCACUCCAGGAAACAGGCGACAAGAUGAUGGUCAUUACAUUCUGUGCUUCGUCAUUUGCUAACGGCGUCAUUGUUAGCCAAAUGUUGUACUAUUGGAAUAAGAGCGACGCCAAGGCUGCUCCCAAGAAGGGUGCUAAGCAAGCGGCUGCCAAAAAAUCAAAGAGCAAGAAAGUCGAUUAAAUGGGCUAAAGGAGAGAGAGUCACAAACAAAAGACACAUUAGUUAACAGCUAAAGUAAAUAAUAAUUUUAAAAGGUUUUAAAUUAAAUCUAGUAAGCAGCAUGCACGUUUUAUAAUUUUCCAAUAAACGUUUCAACAUUUUUUGUUUAAAAAGAUAAACAUGAAA